AUGUCUCGCGGAGGCGGCACCACUCUCUACGUCACCGGCUUCGGCCACGGCACCCGCGCGCGCGACCUCGCCUACGAGUUCGAACGGUACGUCCCCGUCGUCGUCCCCGUCGUCGUCCCCGUCGUCAUGCCCCUCGUCGUCCCCGUCGUCCCCGUCGUCGUCGCACUCCCCUCGACUUGUUCACGUGUCUACUCCCCCCUCCCCCCACUUGUUCACGUGUACGGUCGCCUGGUCCGCUGCGACAUCCCGGCCCCCCGCUCGGCCUCUUCUCGCCUCUUUGCCUUCGUCGAGUACGAGAGCCGCCGCGAUGCCGAUGACGCUUAUCACGAGAUGCACAACAAGCGCAUCGGCCGCGACGACUUGCUGAAGAUCGAGUGGGCCCGCACACCCCCCUCGGCAUCGUGGCGCUUCGAUUCGGGCCGUGACCGCCCCCGUGCUGAGCGCGGCAGCGACCGUGGCGACCGCAGCUCUCGCGGCGACGACCGCGGCGUCCCUGCCCGUGGCGACCGAUCUCCGCGCCGCCGCAGCACUUCGCCUCGCCGCGACCGCGCCGGCUCUCCCCGCAAGGACGACCGCCGUGAGCGCGACUACGACCGCCGCGACCGCGACAGGUCCAGGAGCCCCGUCGACGGCGACCGUGAGAUGAAGGACGUGCGCGACCGUGAGGAUGACCGCGGCGACCGCGGCGACCGCGAGCGUGGCGACCGCGAGCGUGGCGACCGCGAGCGUGACGAAAGGCGCGAAGGCGAGGCUCGCCCUGCCGUCGAAGAGCGCAAGGCCGAUUCUCCUCCUCCCCCCGCCGCACACGAAGAUCUCGACGUUGCCGAGUAG